UCCUCUUCCAUGGCUUUAGAGACAUGGCUCACUCGAGUCAAGUCUGCCAUCCGCUCUUCAAUGACCCAAGAAACCUCAUCAAUGAUCCUCACCAAGAGAUCCUCCACCGUCGGCAUCCUCGCCUUCGAGAUUGCCAGCCUCAUGCCCAAUCUCGUCCAUCUCUGGCGAUCACUCUCCGACUCCCAAAUUUCUCGCCUACACUAUGAGACCAUCGCUCUCGAAGGAGUUCGCAAGGUCGUCUCCGAUGAUGACACACUUCUUCUAAAGCUCACGAAGACCCUCCGCCUAAUCGUCGCCUCGACGUCUAAUAUGAGCAAGCAAUACGCCAAUCAGGAGCUCUUUAGGUUCGAUCAAAGGUUCAAGAGCUACGCGGACUCGAGCAAGGAUCCGAAUCGGUGGGCGAUGAGCACCAAGGAGAUGGACUUCAGAGUCAAGAAAAUGGAUCGAUUGACAGCAGCAACAGUGGCUCUUUAUAAAGAGAUGAACGAAUUAGCCAACUCCGAGCACAGAUUGCAGAAAAUGAUUGUCCAGAGCAAACUGAACAAGAUGACGGCGGUCACCGACGUCCAACAGAAAACCUUCUGUAAGAGACAGGAAGUCAAGUACCUGCGACAGAGCUCACUUUGGGGAUCCACAUUCGAUGUCGUGAUCUCGCUUCUAUCUCGAUCGAUCUUCAUGAUUCUUGCACGAAUCAAGCACGUGUUCGGCAUUGACACUAUGACCUCAAUCCCUCUCCCUCCUCCUCCUCAUCCUCAUCAAUACAAUUUCCUUAUUGGGGAGUCUGGGUAUUAG